CGGCGGCGGCGACAUUGGAAAGCCCAGUCGCACCAGCACAAAUAUCGGAGAUGCAGAUGCCAGUGCUGGUGCAGAUAGAGAUAGUGUCGAUGCUGCGGAGUGGAAGCGCUCGAGGAAGACAUCGAUCACCAUCUUUACCGCCGCUUCUGCUGCUGCAUCAUGCAGCGAAACUUCCGAGCAGAAGGAGGACACGCACCAGUGUCAGAAGCAUACCUCUCAGAAGGAAGAGCAGCAACGGAAGGAACGCCGCCCUCGAGCCUCCAGCACGUCCGCCUACGCGGUUGAUGAGAAUACUCAUAGCGCCUCGGACCGCGGAUCCUUCGCAACUUCUGCAACAGCGGCCAAUGUCGAUCUCGAGGCGCCUGUGAGCGCCCCGCGGCUUUCGCUUUUAGACAUGGGGAGUGAUGACCAUAGUCGGAAGCCAGACGACCUCUUGCUGCCGUUCAUCAACCGUCCCAAGGAGGUGCAUGAGCUUCUUUUCGGGGACCAUGUGCCAUCCAGCGUCAUGGUCGUCGCCGCGAGGUUGCAGCGCCUGUUCCCGGGCGAAGCAGUCAGCUCCCAAGGCGGCGACAAGCGCGAAGAACGUCGAGCUGCUGCGGGAGGAGUGGAUGGCAUGGCGCACGGGCAAGCGCUCAGCAAUGUUCUCUUUGUGCGCCGCGAGCAUCUCGGCGACGCGCAGUGGCUGGUCGCUCUACGCUCGCUCGUCGCGGGAAAAAGCGAGGAGACAUGGGCCCGCCUCGCGGAGGUGCUCGGCGCUAAUCUGCUCCGGCCGUCGGAGUGGCAGGAGUUCGCAAAGACUCCUUUGUACGGGCACGGGUAUUCUCACUCUCCCGCUCAGGGGCAUGCUCGCAAGCACAAGGGUAGGAGCAGGAACAGCUCGUUCAAUUUCGAGCUGCUCCCGGACGUGCCGGAAGAAUGGACCGCACCCUUGCACAAGGUCGACCAGCUCCAUCGCUUGGCCGGUGAAACCGUGCCUGCUGCUAGCAUAAAAGCGGCCGAAGUUGCCGGCGUGCGCAUCAGCACGGCAGAAGAUGAGAAGCAGCAACAGCCAAAGCGGGGAAAGGAGAGCCGGCAGGUCGAUGAGGCGAAGCAUGAACCAUCGUACUUCAAUGAUCCGGCCACCAACGCGCCGAGUCUUUACGAUUUCCACUUUUGUAAUCGCAUCCAGUGUAAGGACUCCGCUGCUAUGCCGCUUGCCAGGGAGGGCUUGCCAAGCACAGUGGCAUUGGCAGCUGAGUCGGCGGUUGGCAAGCCAGCUGCUACUCCUGCUGCGACCGAGAAGGCGUCGUCUCCGCCCAUCACUACCUCCAGCGAGGGUGGAGAAGAGGUAGUCAGCAAUCACCGAUGGCGCCGGCCCAGCUUUGUGCUCAGCUUUCAAAAUCUUCCAUCCUCCAGUGGUGCUGGCCCAAUGCAAGCGAGGAGAGCGUCAUCGCCCACUACAAGUGGUCAGAGCAGCAGCACCAACAGCAGCAGCAGCAGCGUGGCCAGCGGCAACGACACUCCCUCCUCCCCAGCUAGCUCCACUUCUUCACUGCUCAAAGGCGUCGCUCAUCAGGACGAGCUAGGCAAGGGAAGUGCACGCCGCCGCAAGGGCAGGCGAAGUAGUUGCCGUAAUCAUCGAUUGUGUCAUUCUUCGGAAGCGGCCGAGGAAGGCAAGUGCGGUAUGCAUUUGCAGUCCAUUGGCGGUGCAAACAGCGUCGGCAACUCACUUGCUGUCUACUUCGACUCUUCCGACGGGGCCGACGAUCAGCUCCCACAUGCAAGUCGCUCAAGCAGAAAGCCCAGUAGCGACAGCGACAAGCGCAGCAGGCGCGGCUCAUCAGCCUCAUCGCGCAACGAACAGGGCAACGUCGUAGAAGGGCUGUUACCUGACGGCCGCACGCGCCAUCCAUCUGCAGGUAGUCCUGCCGGAAGCGAGGGGGCAAUUGGCCCAAUCGAAGCGUUCCGUAGGAAGCACAGGCUCAGCGAUGCUUGUCUCAGAGGGGAAGGCGUCGAAGAUGGGUUGCAUGCGAAUGCGUGGGCGGAGAAGAAACAUGGAGCUUGGCAAGAAUCAGUCAGCCGCGCUGUCAGCACAUCUAUGGUCUCCCCCCGCGAUGAUCAUGACUACUCGAACAACCUGGCAUUCGGCGGCCAAGUGAGCAAAGAGAAGCAUGACCGUGGCGGCAGCGGACUAGCUCUUGGAGGCGGCUUUUCGUUGCAGAAGAACAAGCUUGUGACUGCUGUACAGCCAGAGCACAGGCAUUCACCCCCGGAGCCGACUCUAAGGGUUACCGUCGCUUCGACGCCUUCGUCGACUAGUCAGCUCCUGUCCUCGACGUAUCUGUCAGAGCAGGGUGGUAGAGCUGCACGGCCACCCCACGACUACCGUCGACCAGGCGGAUUCAUCGCCUUUUCACGCGAGUGCCAUGCUGCUCGCCAGCGGCAACGUGCUCUUUCGAGCGCUAGCGAGCUUAGCGAGGCCCUCAGCACGGGCAGCCAGGCAGUUGCGAGCAGCGAGGGUAGCACGCUCGCUGAUGAGGAUGUCUGGAGUCCUCCCCAUCCGUAUUGCGAACUGCUCGGCUUGUACCACUCCUCAGAUGCAGCUGGAUGGCCUUCGAGUCAUGACGAGCUCGAUUCGGACAACGAGAAGACGCCCAGCUUGAAUGCUUCCAACGUCCACGGCUUCGAAUGGGCAAAUGCUGUUGUACCACCAAAGGAAGUGCACCGACGGGCACCCUCGCCCGCUUCGCGCAGACACCUGUCACCCCUGCCAGAAACCGAGGUGCUCGGUGCAAGCAGAGACUUGAACACGAGGGCAGGGUCUGCCAGUUCUUCGUUCGAAGACAUUUCAUCGGAUGACGGCGAUGACGAUGCUUUUGAAUAAGAGUUUGCGCGCGUGUCUUCCUUACGGUGUGUGCUCCUGCGCCUCAGUCAUUUUAUCAGCCCCAACGGCUAUGAAAGCAUCAGAGAUUCUGCAUCUAAUCUUCCCCUUGCCACCGUCUGCUCAACUCUCCCGGGUGGCGGACCUGAGCGCUCGACUGUUGCUCACGUGUAGUAACGACGUACUCGACUGUAUCAAGGCUGUCUGCUCAGGCGAGGCGCUACGCGGCAUCACGACGCGUAGAGCGCUGGAACACUUGGAGAGGAGCGACCUGGCGCAUCUGGAGCCUAUGGCGCACAAGAUUGGACUCGUCGAUCUGUACCACGUUUACAAGCC